AUGGACGUGUUGUGGCACCGCAGGUCGGGCUGUGAGGCAGCCAGCAGCAGCUCGUUUUGUCCUGCAGAAAAUUUCUAUAAAGGGAAGACGGUGUUCAAGCACUGGUUACCAGGCGUGUGCUACCGGAACAUCACCUUCCAGCUGAUCUCUGAGGCCACCGUGUACCAGAGCGCCAUGGUUACCCAGAGUGACAUCACACACACACCUCUGCAUCACCGCACAGUGCCGUUCCCCCCCCUCAACAUUUCCCAUAAGAUCGUGGACCUGAGCCAGCGGGCGGCUCCGAGUGAAGCCCACCAGGAGAGCCGGCGCUCCUCCCGUCCGGCCCGAGACGUCCUGAUGAUGGAGGAGCAGGAGGAGGAGGAGGAGACGCACGCCGACGAGGGCGAGGAGAACCUGUCUGAGGAGGCGCAGGGAGACCCCACCCAGCCCCCCUCCAACCUGACGGCCAGCGCCGCCAACGCCACGCAGCCGGACCCCCGCAGCGCCUGGCUGGAGCCCACCGAGGAGACUCUGCUGGACAAAGACGACGAGUUCGUGAACGCCGAAGUGCCGGAGUACGAGGACUCCAACGAGCCCGGCUCAGCCAUGGGGGUCCCGCCCGAAACCUCCGUCCUGCCCACCAAGCUGCCCCCCAUCCUGCUGGAGCUACGCUGGCUCCCACCCAGACCCCCAACCACCUACGACUGCUUCAACAUCUACAUCUACAGAGACGGUAACUCGACAGAAACGGCGACGGUGGACGAAAACACUCACGAGUUCUUCACGGAGCUGACGGAGCCGGGAACGUACCGGGUUCAGGUCACCACGCUCAGCUGGUCCGGAGACUGCGAAGCCCGAGAGAGCGCCGCCGACACGGGCUUCACCUUCUACCUCAGUCCUGGUGGGGAGCUGCUGGAGGAGCUCCGAGAGCGUCCUGCAGCCGUCAGCAUCAGACUGCUGAACUCCAGCACGGCUGCUGUUUCCUGGGCUUCAUCCUCAGAGAAACACAACGGCAGCCUGGUGUCCGUCAUCUCUACGACCUGCUUCAAGCCCAGUCUGAGCCAGAGGAUGGAGAACGCCUACUGCAGCGAGGAAAACACAACCAGAGACAUCAUCACUAACCUGACCCCCGGCGCUCAGUACAGAGUGGUGGUUUAUCACACCAACGGACCGCUGAUCAGCCCCCCGUCUGAACCCGUCAUCAUCGACAUCGAGCCCACAGGUGUGACGGAGCUCUCUGUUUAUCCUCUGAGCCCGACGGCCGUCAUCCUGAGCUGGCAGCGUCCGUAUCACGUCGCCUUCCGCAAAUACAUCCUCCAAACCUUCUUCUUCAACCCCGUCACCUUCGCCUCCGAGUGGACCACGUACUACGAGAUCGCUGCCACCGCCUCCGUCAUCGCCUCCGUGAGAGUGACCGACCUGCUGCCGGCUUGGUAUUAUAAUUUCCGCGUUUCCAUGGUGACGUGGGGCGACCCACCGCGCAGCUGCUGCGACAGCUCCACUGUCAGCUUCGUAACAGCUCCUGAAGCUCCUCACAUCUCCUCGGUGGAUUAUUCUCACGGCGUUCUGUACGUUCGCUGGACGUACGGCGAAUACUUCACCGCUCUGUCUCACUCCAGGAUGCUUCACUGGCAGGUCGUCGUCGUAGCGAAGAAAGGCCCAGAGAAGAGCUACUCCAUCGAUGUGACUCGUAACGUGAUGCGGGCCAGCCUCCCUCUGCCUCCAGGUGACAUCUACAACCUGACGGUGACGGCGUGUACCGAGCUCAGCAGGAACACCUCCAUGCCGAACAUCAUCAAACUGGAGCCGGCUCCUCCCAGGUCUCUGUACGCUGUCAACGCCACACACUCGUCAGUGACUCUGCUGUGGAGCGAGGAGGGGGUGGUGGACUACUACCAGAUCCUCUGCAAACCCAACAAACCCAGCAAGGACCUGAAGGCUCGGGAGCCUCAGACGUCGAGUUCUCACGUUGUGAUUAUUUCGGGUCUGUCUCCGUCGUCCAGUUAUAACUGCAGCGUGACCAGCUUCAGCUACAGCACGGCCAGCAAGCCGGCACACAUCCGCAUCACCACCGCAGCUAAAGAGAUGAAUCCCAGCGUAGCAGCCAUCUCGGCUCUAGCCGUCCUCAGCGUUCUGCUCGUCAGUCUGCUCGUCCUCUUCCUGCUCGUCCUGAGGAAGAAACACCUGCAGAUGACCAGAGAGUGCGGCGCCGAGACUUUUGUCAACUUUGCUUCGUUUGAGCGAGACGGGAAGCUUCCUUACAACUGGCGAAGAAGCCUCUUUGCCUUCCUUACCCUACUGCCAUCCUGCCUUUGGACUGACUAUCUUUUGGCUUUUUAUAUUAAUCCUUGGAGCAAGACAGCGUUAAAGAAACGGAAGCUAACAAGUCCCGUGCAGCUGGACGACUUUGACGCCUACUUCAAAGAAAUGAGCAAAGACUCGGCCUACAAGUUCUCUCUGCAGUUUGAGGAGCUGAAGAGUGUGGGCUUGGAUCUGUCCCACGAUGCUGCAGAUCUUCCUGUGAACAGACCCAAGAACAGAUACACCAACAUCCUGCCAUACGACUUCAGUCGAGUGAAACUGAUCUCGAUGCACAACGACGAAGGUUCAGAUUAUAUCAACGCCAACUACAUUCCUGGCUACAAACAUCCGAAGGAGUACAUCGCUACGCAGGGACCGCUGCCCGAAACCAGAAACGACUUCUGGAAGAUGAUCCUGCAGGAAAGGUCUCCCAUCAUAGUGAUGCUGACGCAGUGCAACGAGCGGCGGAGGGUGAAGUGUGAUCAUUACUGGCCGUUCACAGACGAGCCGGUGAUGUACGGAGAGAUCAGCGUGGAGAUGAUGUCAGAGAGCGAAUCACCAGAGUGGACCAUCAGGAAGUUCAGACUGGGAUACGCAGACGAGAGUCAGGACGUUCUCCACCUGAACUACACCUCGUGGCCCGAUCACGGCGUUCCCACCGUCAACGCCAUCGAGAGCAUCCUGCAGUUCGUCCACAUCGUCCGUCAGCAGGCCAAGAGGACCAAAGACCCCAUUAUAGUGCACUGCAGUGCUGGCGUGGGGAGAACAGGGACUUUCAUCGCUCUGGAUCGGCUCAUGCAGCACAUCAGAGAACACGAGUUCGCUGAUAUCCUGGGAAUGGUUUCUGAGAUGCGUUCACAUCGUCUGUCCAUGGUCCAGACUGAGGAGCAGUACGUGUUCAUCCAUCAGUGUGUGCUGCUCAUGUGGCAGAAGAAGAAGCAGCAGUCGAUCACUUCAGACGUUAUUUAUGAGAACGCCAGCAAGACAUAAUGACGGCAAACUCCUCCAGACGCUGUGAACACACCCAACCUCCUGAGCUUCAGGCUUCAUUCUCUGCAGAAGAAGACGCUUCAUCAUCAGUAUCAAGAACAAACAGCAGA